AUGACUCAGGGGCUGACUGGCUCUCCCAGCACGCGCAGGGGCCCAGGGAGCCCGUGCCCCUGGGGGGCAGCCAGCGACGGGCAGUGUGGGGGCUGGUGGGCAGCGGGAGAGCCGGGCUCCGUAUCUGUGACUUCGGGUGUGCCUGGAGGACUGGAGCGGGGGCUCGGGGGCAGUCCCCCUAGGGGCACCGACCUGGAGGGCUACGCUCCCCGUGCGUGGGGUGGCCAGGAGAGGCUUGUCACCCCGCAGGCCGCCGAGGGCUGGGCGGAGGGCGCUCGGAGCACCCGGCCGGCCGCCGGAGCUUGUUUGGAGAGGACUUGGCCCGCGCGGCCCGACCUGGGAAGCGGGUGGAGGUUGCUUUCCUCCUCUCCCCACCCCGCCCCGGAGGGGCAGAGCGCUGCGCGGCCGGGCGGGCCUGCGGUCGGGGAUGAGGACUGCGCCUCCGCGCCGCAGAGCGCCGUGCGCGGGCCGGACGCCGGCGGCCGCCGCUGCCGUUCCGGGAGCUCGUUUGCAUCCGCCAGCGCGGCGAGCGGCGCGGGGCCCUCGGAGCGGAAGGUGAGUGUGGAUGCGCCGCGCCGCGCGCCGCCCGAGGCUGCCGGUCAACGCCACCGGUUCGGGCGGCUCCGGAAGGACUCAGGGCUUGCUCCCCGGGGUCACCUGGCCGCCCCCGCCCCUCCACAUCCCCGCGCCCUCGGUGGCGCGCCCCGGCGGGACCGGACGGACACUCCCGGCCCUCGCUGCGCCGCGGCCCGGCUGCCCCGAACUCGCUCAUGGCCCGGGACGGCCGUGCAGCUACUCAGACGCCAGGGCGCGCCGGGGGCUCUGUGGGGGCCGUGGCCGUGCCGUCCGGCCUCAGCCCUGUCCAGCGCCCUUGACAAGAGCUUGGGCCAGCUCCGCCGGACACUUUGCAAAGUGCAACCCAAGUGCCGGGAACUGCGAGCCCUCCGGGGCCGCUGGGCGGUGGGUUGGGGGAGCUAG